GCGCUAGGGUCCGUUAGGAUCCCUCCCCACGCCUCCUUCCCGCGGGGGCCCCCGCUGGGGUGCGCGGAGGCCCACUCAGGGAGUGGCAGCUGAAACCUGAGCUGUCCUAGGGGGCCAGGCAGGAGCUUAAGACAGGUGGAAUGGGACCUGGGCAGGAAGACUCAGGCAUGGCCAGCAGGAAGACCAAGAAGAAGGAAUUGUGCCUUGUGUGCCCAGCAGGCUUCCUCCAAGUCUUCUCCAACUUUGAGCAGACCCAGAUCCAGGAGUUGAAGACAUUCACACUAACUGACCAGAACCAGGAAGGCUUCAUCAACAAGGAGGACCUGAAGGGCACCUACACCUGCCUCAUGGGCAGGCGCUUGGAGCCUUGGGCAGGCGGCGCCCUGAGGCUUCUGCAGCAGGCAGUGACACCAAGGAGACCAUCCCAAAUGCCUUCAAGAUGCUGGACCUGGAUGGCAAAGGCAGCAUCCACAAGGAGUAGUGAGUGCUGGCUUCCUCGUGGGCCCAGCCCAGAGUGUGUGGAGCAUGCUUCUCAGACAGGGCCGGAGCUGGCCCACUUCCCAUUCUUCAGGGGCCAUUCAGAGAUCCCAGUCCUUGGGUAACCCAGUGGGAGCCCAGCUGGGGGUGGGGUGGGGUCAUGGGUCCUCCAGCUCCUGCUCAGCCUUCAGGUUUAUGGGCUGAGUCCCCUCAGGCCAGCUGCAGGGACAGAGAAUAUUCCAGCAGCCUCUGAGCCCAUCAGCUGCUCCCUAGGCUCAGGUGUCCAUGGGCUUCGGUGAUCAGUGGAUGCCCAGGAUUGCAGUGGAGGUAGGGUUCAGACCCGUCAACCCCCACCCCAUGUAUCCCACAGGGGAGCCAGGUGGGCACUCAGCAGCCUCCUCACCCUUCCUCAAAUGGCUGCUGAUGUCCCAAGCUGACAAGGUGACGGCCACCAAGGUGCCUGUACCCCACCCCACCCUUCCGGCCUCUACAGACCAAGCACACCCCUGAGUCAGUCAGAGGGUGCUGCAGUGCUGCUGUGGACAAGAUGGGGAAGACAGGAUUGGGGGGCUGUACAGGGUGGAGGGAGUUUGCUGGGGAGCACUUAAAUCAGAGCCAGAGGCUAUUCAGUCCCUUGUGUGCUGUCCUGUCCAAGGGGCUGGGCUCAGAGCAGGGCCAUCUCAACCCCAGCCCAAAUCCACACCCCCAAGCCAGUGUCACCUGAGACCUCUGCUCCCCCCAUGGUGCCCAAAGGUGGGGACUGGAUCCUGGCACCACUGACAGAUGGUAGCCUGAGGCCCUGGGGCCACAGGUCUGUGCGCUCCACACCAUCACAGGCUCUGCCCCACCACACCCUUCUCUACCCUUACACCCCUACCCUGCCCCUCCACCCUACCCU